CGGAAAACCGGCGGGCGGGGCGAUCGGCGGGCAUGGCCCUACUCGUCCCCCGGGCAACCGCGGCUCCUCCCCGCAAACAGCCGCCGCAUGGAGGGCGAGGAGCUGCCUACGGAGGAGGCUCCGGAUCCCCGCGUCCUGAGGCUGCUGCGCCGGGCGGCUCGGGGCCUGCGGCUGCCGGCGGACAGCGUGGCGGCCGGCGAUGAAGCGGCGGCGGAGCUGCGGGCGUUCGCGGCCGGGGCGGCGGGGCGGGCGCUGUUGGCGUGGCGCGGCCCCGCGGGUCGGCUGGCCCUGGGACCUCCGCCGCCGCCGGCCGCCGCCGCCCGUCCCAAGGCGCUCUUCUUCCUGCGGCCGCCCGGGCCCGGCGAGCCGCUGUGCGGAGAUCUGCCCGCCGACGCCCUGCAGCACUUCGCCGCCCUGGUGGAGGAGGUGAUCGUGCCCAUCCUGACAAACAGGAAGAACCAUCAGGGCUGGCCACGGGUGGUGUCACAGGACAUCAUACGUCAUGUCCACAGCUUGAAAAGUGCCGUCUUCGUGGUGGUUGGCCAAGUGAAAGGCAAGACCUUGCUGCCUCUUCCAGCAGGCUCGGAGGGAAUAGAGAACAUUGAUCUGGGACAUGAGAAAUUCCUGGAGCAGAUUGACAAAUCUCUUGUGCAUGCCACGGAGUCAGCUAUCAUAGACUGGAGCUACCAGAUCCAGAGAGCACUGAAGAAAGAGUCCUCAGAGCCUCUCCUGCAAGGCAGUAAUCCCAGCCCCAAGGUGGAACUGGAGUUCUGGAAGAACAGGUGUGAUGACCUGGAGUGCAUUUACAGUCAGCUGAGGACGAGGAAGGUUAGGAACAUGAUAGAGGUGCUAGAGAGAGUUGAGAGCAGCUACUUACCAGCCUUCAGAGCUAUGCUCACGGAUGUUGAAGCAGCUUUGAGUGAAGCCCAGGACAUUCACCUGCACCUGAUGCCCCUCCGGCGCCAUUUGGAGGACGUAGAGAGGACUGACUUCAGCGAGGUGCAGCCGCUCCUGCUCCCCCUGCUCCACGUGGUGUGUUUGAUCUGGGUCACCUCCAAGCACUACAGCCGGCCUGCACGCAUCGUGGUGCUACUGCAGGAGAUCUGCAACCUUCUCAUCCAGCAGGCCGUGGUACACCUAUCUCCAGAAGACCUUCUAAAAGGGGAGAUGGAGGAGAGUCUGAGCAAGGUGCAGAUGGUGCUUGGCAUCCUGAAUGGAUUCAAAGAGGCAUUUGAGGACAGAAGGGAAGAACUUCACACCUAUUAUAAAUCAGGCAAAGAAGUGAAGGAGUGGGACUUCCAUGCCAAGAUGGUGUUUGCAAGGCUGGACAGCUUUCUGAAGAGACUGGAAAUGGUGGAGGGUCUCCUGUCAAAUGCCUUGGAUCUGAUGAAGCUGGAAAAGAUUGAGUUCAGUGGAUUUAAAGGGAAGGCCCUGGGUCAGAAGGUCCUGGACAUGCAUGAGGAAUUCCAGGAGGCGUACAGGGUCUUUGCAGAGCGAACCUACGACUGCCUCGACCUGACCAAUGCGGAUUUUGAGCAAGACGCCUUUGAUUUCCAGCAGAAAGUAGAAGACAUCGACCGGCGUCUGGGAACUGUUUUCAUCCAGGCCUUUGACGAUGCCUCAGACUUGGAGCACACCUUCAAGCUGCUGGAGAUGUUUGGGAGCCUUUUGGAGCGGCCGGUAAUCGCUGCGCAUGCUGCUGGCAAAUACUCUGACCUCGUCCACAUGUUCAGCAGUGCCUUGAGCGAUGUUAGGCUGAUCUACUCCAGGCACAUACGGGCAGAGCGGGAGCUUGGCUUCCCUGCUGUGCAUAAGAACAUGCCACCAGUAGCUGGAGCCCUGCGCUGGGCUCAGGAGCUGCGAGCGCGGAUCCAGGCACAGUUUGGUCACCUCAGGCACAUCACACAUCUCUGCCUGGACUCUACUGAAGGAAGAAGGGUGUUGGAGAGGUAUGAAGAAAUGCUCCAGUUGCUUGACAGGUAUCAAGAAAAACUGUACAUAACCUGGUCCCAGACAGUCUCUGAGAAGUCCCAGUACAACCUCACUCAGCCGCUCGUCCGGCGAGAACCAGAAACCAAACUGCUCACAGUCAAUUUUGAUCCCCAGUUGGUUUCAGUGCUGAGAGAGGUGAGCUACUUGUCUGGCAGCCAGAUGGGAAGCAUCCCACCAACAGCAGCAGAAAUCUAUUCCUCCAAGGAGUCGUACCGACAGAUGGUGGCCAGUUUGGAGCUAAUGGUGAACAGAUACAACAAGAUCCUGAAGACAGUCCUGGAGGUUGAAUACCCUCUAAUACAGGAGCAGCUGCGGGAUAUUGAUUUCAAGCUGAAAGAGGCAGAGGAAACAUUGAACUGGAAGAUGGAGGGUGUCUGGGACCGCAUCUCCAUGGUGAUGGAUGGUGUCCAUGACCUUGAGCAGAGGAUACAGAAAGCCAAAAGCAACGUUGAGGAGAUCCAGAGCUUUGUGCGAUCAUGGGGGUCACCCAUAUUUGAGAGGAAGGAUGGAAAGAAGGAAUCACUGCUGAACCUGGAGGACUGCCAGGACCGUCUGGAGAAGCGUUACAGCCUGGUCCGAGAGUCAGGGCUGAGGAUUCAUUCACUGAUGAAGGAAAAUCAGAGCCUCUUAACUGCAGACCCAGCAUCUGAUGUCUGGAAGGCCUACGUGGAUUAUGUGGAUGAGAUAAUCCUGGAUGGAUUCUUUACUGCCAUUGAGUGCUCACUCAAGUACCUCCUGGAAAACACAGAUCCCAAGGCAGGGCUUGCACCCCUGUUUGAAGUGCAGCUGGAUUUAGUGAUCCCAGAUUUGAUUUUUCGUCCCUCCUUGGAGCCCGGCACAAAUGAUGGUUUCUAUGACAUGGUGGAAAGCCUUCUCAAUGACAUCUACAGGAUCUCCUCACUGGUUCCCAGGCUGGCUGAGCACAGCGGCUUCCCCCACUACCAGGCUGACAUGGAGGACAUGGCUGACCUGGCUGAUGUGCGCCACGACCUGAUGGGCCGCGUGCAGGCCGUGAUGGCGGCCUGUUGUGAAUAUCGCAGCAGCUUCGAUCGCUACUCGUACCUCUAUGGGGAUGACAGAAAGGAAUUCUUCCGCCAAUUCCUGCUCUAUGGGCACAUCCUCACCGCUGCGGAAAUCGAGGCUCAUGCAGAGGAUGGGGUCCCUGAGACGCCCCCCAGCCUCCAGCAGUUCAGGGAGCAGAUCGACUCCUAUGAGCAGAUCUGUGAGGAGGUGAGUCGCAUCGAGCCCAUCAGCGUCUUCCAUUGCUGGAUGAAAGUCGACGCGCGGCCUUUCAAGGCGUCCUUGCUGAAUGUGGUUAAAAGGUGGAGUCUGUUGUUCAAGCAGCAUCUCAUUGACCACGUCACACACAGCUUGACUGACCUUGAAGAGUUCAUAAAAGCUGCUGAUGAAGGUCUGAGCAAAAGAGUUGAAAAAGGAGAUUAUAAUGGCUUGGUGGAGAUUAUGGGUCAUCUCAUGGCCGUUAAAGAGAGGCAGACUGUCACUGAUGCCAUGUUUGAGCCCCUGAAGCAAACCGUGGAGCUGCUGAAGGCGUAUGAGCAGCAACUGCCUGAGGAGGUCCAUAAGCAACUAGAGGAGCUGCCAGAAAAAUGGAACAAUAUAAAGAAGCAGGCGAUAGCUGUGAAGCAGCAUGUGGCUCCUCUGCAGGCAAACGAAAUGGCAGCUCUGCGCAGGAGCUGUGCAGCCUUUGAUGCUGAGCAGCACAGAUUCAGAGAGAGGUUUCGGAAAGAAGCACCGUUCAGGUUUGAUGCUGAAAAGCCUUAUCAGCUGCUGGAUGCAAAGAACAUUGAGAUUAAACAAAUGGAGUCAGCCAUGACCUCGAUUUAUGAAUCAGCUGCUCUGUUUGAAGUCAUGGUGCCAGAUUAUAAACAACUGAAGCAGUGCAGAAAGGAGAUGUGUCUUCUCAAAGAGCUCUGGGAUGUGAUCUCGGUUGUGAACAGCAGCCUCGAGGACUGGCAGACCACCAAAUGGGUGGAUAUUACUGUGGAAAACAUGGAUCUCGAGUGCAAAAAGUUUGCAAGAGAGAUUCGAAAUUUGGAUAAAGAGAUGAGGGCAUGGGGUGCUUUCACAGGGCUGGACAGCAGAGUGAAGAACAUGCUGACGGCCCUGAAAGCUGUGGCAGAACUUCAAAAUCCUGCUAUUAGAGAAAGACAUUGGGCUCAACUGAUGCAGGUGACGGGUGUGAAGUUUGUGAUGGACUCUGACACCACGCUGGCUGAUCUUCUGAAGCUCUGCCUGCAUAACUACGAGGAUGAGGUUCGUGGAAUUGUGGACAAAGCAGUGAGAGAAAUGAGCAUGGAGAAGGUCCUGAAGGAAUUAAAACUGACCUGGAGCAACAUGGAGUUUCAGUACGAGCCUCACCCACGGACAAACAUCCCGUUGCUGAAGUCGGACGAAGAACUCAUUGAAACUCUGGAAGACAACCAGGUGCAGCUGCAGAACUUAAUGACAUCCAAAUGCAUUGCUUUUUUCUUGGAGGAAGUAUCUGCGUGGCAGAGGAAACUGUCCACUGUGGACUCUGUCAUUUCUCUCUGGUUUGAAGUGCAGCGUACGUGGUGUCACCUGGAGAGCAUAUUCAUAGGCUCAGAAGAUAUACGGACGCAGCUUCCAGACGACUCCAAACGCUUUGAAGGCAUUGAUGUUGAUUUUAAGGAACUGGCCUAUGGAGCUCGGGAAACCCCAAAUGUAGUUGAAGCCACCAAUAAACCAGGCCUUUCCCAACAACUGGAGAACAUUCAGAGUAGGCUGUCACUGUGUGAGAAGGCUUUGGCUGAAUAUUUGGACAGGAAGAGGUUGGCCUUUCCCAGAUUUUACUUCAUUUCUUCUGCAGAUUUGUUGGAUAUUCUUUCCAAUGGCACCAACCCACAGCUGGUGCAACGUCAUCUUUCCAAACUCUUUGACAACCUGGCCAAGAUGAGAUUCCAGCUGGACUCUGAGCAAAAGCCAACCAAGAUUGGCCUGGGGAUGUACAGCAAGGAGGAGGAGUACGUCAGCUUCAGUGAGCCGUGUGACUGCAGUGGGCAGGUUGAGGUCUGGCUGAAUCACGUACUGAACAGCAUGAGGGCUACAGUCAGAGAUGAGAUGACAGAAGCUGUAACGGCAUAUGAGGAGAAGCCAAGGCAACAGUGGCUCUUUGACUACCCUGCUCAGGUGGCUCUGUCCUGCACACAAAUUUGGUGGACGACUGAGGUUGGGAUUGCCUUCGCCAGGCUGGAAGAAGGCUACGAGAACGCCAUGAAGGAAUACCACAAGAAGCAAGUGACCCAGCUGAACACCCUCGUCACCAUGCUAAUUGGGCAGCUCUCCAAGGGUGACAGGCAGAAAAUCAUGACAAUAUGCACCAUUGAUGUGCACGCUCGGGAUGUGGUGGCAAAGAUGAUAGCACAGAAGGUGGACAAUGCACAGGCUUUUGUUUGGCUGUCGCAGCUCCGACACAGGUGGUCAGAUGAGGAGCGGCACUGCUUCGCCAACAUCUGUGAUGCCCAGUUCCUCUACUCCUAUGAGUAUCUUGGCAAUACCCCUCGGCUUGUGAUCACUCCACUGACAGACAGAUGUUACAUCACCCUGACCCAGUCACUGCAUCUGACCAUGAGCGGAGCACCUGCGGGCCCUGCAGGCACCGGCAAGACGGAGACUACGAAAGAUUUGGGGCGAGCCCUGGGCAUCAUGGUGUAUGUGUUUAACUGCUCUGAGCAGAUGGACUACAAGUCUUGUGGGAAUAUUUACAAAGGCCUUUCCCAGACGGGAGCCUGGGGCUGUUUUGAUGAGUUUAACAGGAUCUCAGUCGAGGUCCUUUCUGUGGUGGCUGUGCAGGUGAAGAGUGUGCAGGAUGCAAUACGGGAGAAGAAGAAAUCCUUCAGUUUUCUUGGAGAAGAGAUCAGCUUGGUACCUUCAGUGGGAAUUUUCAUCACCAUGAACCCUGGUUAUGCUGGGCGAACUGAGCUACCUGAGAACUUAAAAGCUCUCUUCAGGCCAUGCGCAAUGGUUGUGCCGGACUUUGAGCUGAUCUGUGAAAUCAUGCUGGUGGCUGAGGGGUUCAUCGAGGCCCGUGCGUUAGCCAGGAAGUUCAUUACUCUGUACCAGCUGUGCAAGGAGCUCUUGUCCAAGCAGGAUCACUAUGACUGGGGCUUGCGUGCCAUCAAGUCAGUGCUGGUUGUUGCUGGUUCCCUCAAGAGAGAUGACCCAGGGCGACCUGAAGACCAGGUUCUGAUGCGUUCUCUUCGUGACUUCAACAUCCCCAAGAUAGUGACUGAUGACGUGCCCGUGUUUAUGGGGCUGAUUGGGGACCUGUUCCCUGCACUGGAUGUGCCUCGGAAGCGUGACUUGAAUUUUGAGUCGUUUGUGAGGCAGGCUGUGUUGGACCUCCGGCUGCAGGCUGAGGACAACUUUGUGCUCAAAGUGGUGCAGCUGGAGGAGCUGCUGACAGUACGGCACUCUGUCUUUGUGGUGGGAAAUGCAGGCACGGGCAAGUCGCAGGUAAUGAGGUCUCUGAACAGGACUUACCAGAUAAUGAAGCGACGGCCUGUCUGGACAGACCUCAACCCCAAAGCAGUCACCAACGAUGAGCUUUUUGGCAUCAUAAACCCGGCGACAAGAGAAUGGAAGGACGGGCUGUUUUCAUCAAUCAUGAGAGAGCUGGCCAACAUCACACACGAUGGCCCCAAGUGGAUGGUACUAGAUGGAGAUAUUGAUCCGAUGUGGAUUGAGUCUCUUAAUACAGUGAUGGAUGAUAAUAAGGUGCUGACCCUGGCAAGCAAUGAGAGAAUCCCCCUGAACCCAACCAUGCGACUGCUGUUUGAGAUCAGCCACUUGCGCACAGCCACCCCAGCGACCGUGUCCAGAGCAGGGAUCCUGUAUAUCAACUCAGCAGAUCUGGGCUGGAAUCCUCCAGUGAGCAGCUGGAUUGACAAGCGAGAGAUCCAGUCAGAAAGAGCCAACCUGACCAUUCUGUUUGACAAGUAUCUGCCACCUUGCCUGGACACCCUGAGGACAAGGUUUAAGAAGAUUAUUCCCAUUCCUGAGCAGAGCAUGGUUCAGAUGUUGUGCUACCUCCUUGAGUGCCUCCUGACGGAGGAGAACACUCCUCCCGACUGCCCCAAGGAGCUGUAUGAACUUUACUUUGUCUUUGCUGCUGUCUGGGCCUUUGGUGGAUCAAUGUUUCAAGACCAGCUUGUGGACUACAGAGUGGAGUUCAGCAAGUGGUGGGUGGCAGAAUUCAAGACUAUCAAGUUUCCCUCUCAGGGAACGGUCUUUGACUUUUACAUCGAUCCAGAAACAAAGAAGUUUGAGCCUUGGUCUAAACUGAUCCCCCAGUUUGAAUUUGAUCCAGAAGUGCCAUUACAGGCUUGCCUCGUGCCCACAACUGAGACGGUCCGGCUGCGGUACUUCAUGGAUCGACUCCUGGAGCGCCAGCGCCCAGUGAUGCUGGUGGGCAGUGCAGGCACUGGGAAGUCUGUGCUGGUGGGGGACAAACUCUCCUCUCUGGACACAGAUGCGUACGUGGUGAAGAAGGUCCCGUUCAACUACUACACCACCUCUGCCAUGCUGCAAGGUGUGCUUGAGAAGCCUCUAGAGAAAAAGGCUGGCAGAAAUUACGGCCCUCUGGGCACCAAGAAGCUCAUCUACUUCAUUGAUGACAUGAACAUGCCAGCAGUGGAUGCCUAUGGGACGGUGCAGCCCCAUACGCUCAUCAGGCAGCACCUGGACUACGGGCACUGGUACGACAGGGCCAAGCUGUCACUGAAGGAGAUCACAAACGUGCAGUAUGUGUCGUGCAUGAACCCAACAGCAGGGAGCUUCACCAUCAACCCACGCCUGCAGCGUCACUUCUGCGUCUUCGCCCUCUCCAGCCCCGGGCAGGACGCCCUGUCCAGGAUCUACAGCACCAUCUUAGCGCAGCACCUGGCAAGCAGGAAUUUCUCAGAAGCUGUACAGAAGUCAGCUCAGCAGCUCAUCUCCCUGGCCCUGGGCCUGCACCAGAGGGUAGCUGCUGCUUUCCUCCCAACGGCUCUCAAGUUCCACUACAUUUUCAACCUGAGAGACUUCUCCAAUAUCUUCCAAGUAAGUGCAGCUGUCAUUUUGUGGUGCUUGGAGCCCAGCUUCAAGCUGCAGGUGUGUGUUCCCCACCUGCGGCGUUGCAGCAGAUGUCCUGACAUUGAGGAGACCUUAGAGCAGACCAAGCAGAUGAAUGUUUAUUGCCAUUUUGCUAAAGGUAUUGGUGAACCUAGCUAUGGGCCUGUUCCAACCUGGGAGGAGUUGAACCAGACCCUUGUGGAAGCCUUGGACAGCUACAAUGAAGUCAAUCCUGCCAUGAACCUGGUGCUGUUUGAGGAUGCCAUGUGCCAUGUUUGCCGCAUCAACCGUAUCCUGGAGUCCCCCAGAGGAAACGCGCUCUUGGUCGGCGUGGGCGGCAGCGGCAAGCAGAGCCUGACCAGGCUGGCAGCCUUCAUCAGCUCUCUGGAGGUCUUCCAGAUCACUCUGAGGAAAGGCUAUGGGGUCCCUGACCUGAAGGCAGACCUGGCAAACCUGUACGUGAAAGCUGGUGUGAAGAGCAUAGGCACUGUGUUCCUGAUGACCGACGUGCAGGUGGCUGACGAACAGUUCUUGGUGCUGGUAAACGACUUGUUAGCAUCAGGUGAAAUCCCUGAUCUCUUCCCGGAUGAUGAAGUUGAAAACAUCAUCAGCAGUGUGAGGAAUGAAGUCAAAGGUCAGGGCCUGGUGGACUCCAGAGAGACUUGCUGGAAGUUCUUCAUAGAGCGUGUUCGACGGCAGCUGAAGGUUGCGUUGUGUUUUUCGCCUGUUGGCAACAAGCUGCGGGUCCGCAGCAGGAGGUUCCCCGCGAUCGUGAGCUGCACGGCCAUCGACUGGUUCCAGGAGUGGCCACAGGAAGCCCUCGAGUCCGUCAGCCUGCGCUUCCUGCGAGAGAUGGGCAGCGUGGAGGCUUCAGUGAAAGAGUUGAUAAGCAAAUUCAUGGCCUACGUGCACACAAGUGUCAAUGAGACUUCCCAGCUGUACCUGAGCAACGAGCGGCGGUACAACUACACCACUCCUAAAUCAUUCCUCGAGCAGAUCAAACUCUAUCAGAAUUUGCUGAUGAAAAAGAGAAAGGAUUUAACAGCAAAAAUGGAGCGGCUGGAGAACGGCCUGGAGAAGCUCAACAGUACGUCUGCCCAGGUGGAUGACCUGAAGGCCAAGCUGGCAGCCCAGGAAGCGGAACUGAAGCAGAAGAAUGAGGAUGCCGAUAAGCUGAUUCAGGUGGUGGGUGUGGAGACGGAGAAAGUGAGCAGGGAGAAGGCAGCUGCAGAUGAAGAGGAACAGAAAGUGGCACUCAUCACCCAGGAGGUCCAGCAGAGACAGAAGGACUGUGAGGAAGACUUGGCCAAAGCUGAGCCUGCCUUGGCAGCUGCCCAGGCUGCUCUGAACACCCUCAACAAGAAGAACCUGACAGAACUGAAAUCCUUUGGGUCGCCACCUCCAGCCGUCAGCAAUGUCACUGCUGCCGUGAUGGUGCUGAUGGCCCCGGGAGGAAAGAUUCCCAAGGACAGGAGCUGGAAGGCAGCGAGAGCCACCAUGGCCAGGGUGGAUGGGUUCCUGGACUCCUUGAUCAAGUUCGACAAGGAGAACAUCCACGAGAACUGCCUCAAAGCCCUCCAGCCUUAUUUAGAGGAUCCCGAGUUCAAACCUGAAUUCGUUACCACCAAGUCCUACGCGGCAGCCGGCCUCUGCUCGUGGGUGGUGAAUAUUGUGCGCUUCCACGAGGUGUUCUGCGACGUGGAGCCCAAGAGGCAGGCCCUGAGCAGAGCCAACGCUGAGCUGGCAGCUGCCCAGGACAGGCUGGCCAGCAUCAAGGCCAAAAUUGCACGCCUCAACGAGAACCUGGGAAAGCUGACAGCCAAGUUUGAGAAGGCCACUUCUGACAAACUCAAGUGUCAGCAAGAAGCUGAAGCUACAGCAUGUACCAUCACUCUUGCAAACUGGCUGGUUGGAGGACUGGCUUCUGAGAAUGUGAGAUGGGCUGAAGCUGUGAAGGACUUCAGACGGCAGCAGAGCACUUUGUGUGGGGAUGUCCUGCUGACUACAGCGUUUGUCUCCUACCUGGGGUACUUCACCAAGAAAUACCGACAAGACCUCAUGGAUAAAGUCUGGAAACCAUAUUUGCAGCAGUUAGAAGUGCCGAUCCCUGUAACCCCAUCCCUAGACCCUCUGACCAUGCUGACAGAUGAUGCUGACGUUGCAGCUUGGCAGAAUGAGGGGCUGCCAGCUGAUCGGAUGUCCACUGAAAAUGCCACCAUUCUCACCAACUGCGAGCGUUGGCCCCUCCUGGUGGAUCCCCAGCUGCAGGGAAUCAAAUGGAUCAAAGCAAAGUACGGCGAAGACCUGCGGGUGAUCCGAAUUGGGCAGAAGGGGUAUCUGGACACAAUGGAACGAGCCCUGGCUGCAGGAGAACUGGUUCUGGUUGAAAACCUGGGAGAGUCCGUGGAUCCAGUUCUGGGGCCGUUACUGGGGCGAGAAACAAUCAAGAAAGGAAGGUACAUUAAGAUUGGGGACAAGGAGUGCGAAUUCAACCCUGCCUUCCGUCUGAUCCUGCACACGAAGCUGGCAAACCCCCACUUCCAGCCCGAGCUACAGGCACAGUGCACCCUCAUCAACUUCACCGUCACACGGGACGGCCUCGAGGAGCAGCUGCUGGCGGCGGUGGUCAGCGCGGAGCGGCCCGACCUGGAGCAGCUCAAGUCAGAUCUCACAAAGCAACAGAAUGGAUUCAAAAUCACCCUGAAAACGUUAGAGGACGACUUGUUGUCUCGGCUGUCGUCAGCAUCUGGGAACUUCCUGGGAGACACAGCAUUGGUGGAGAACUUGGAGACCACUAAACAGACAGCAGCAGAAAUUGAAGAAAAGGUCCAGGAGUCCAAGGUGACUGAAGCCAAGAUUAAUGAGGCGAGGGAGCACUACAGGCCUGCUGCCGCACGGGCCUCUCUGCUCUACUUUGCCAUGAACGACCUUCGUGCCAUCCACCCCAUGUACCAGUUCUCUCUGAAGGCAUUCAGCAUUGUGUUCCAGAAAGCCAUUGAGAGGGCACCUCCUGAUGAGAGCCUCCAGGUGCGAGUGCUGAACCUCAUAGACAGCAUCACCUUCUCUGUGUUCCAGUACACGACCCGAGGGCUGUUUGAGUGUGAUAAGCUGACCUACACUGCACAGGUUACCUUCCAGAUACUUCUGAUGAGUAAAGAAAUCAAUGCAGCAGAACUGGAUUUCCUUCUCAGAUACCCAGCACAGCCCAGAGUCACAAGCCCUGUGGAGUUCCUGUCUAAUCACUCCUGGGGAGGAAUCAAGGCUCUCUCAUCCAUGGAGGAGUUCAGAAACCUGGAUCGGGAUAUUGAGGGCUCGGCAAAACGGUGGAAGAAGUUUGUUGAAUCUGAGUGUCCUGAAAAGGAGAAGUUCCCCCAGGAAUGGAAGAGCAAGUCAGCUCUGCAGCGCCUGUGCAUCAUGAGGGCCGUCCGGCCCGACCGCAUGACCUACGCCGUCCGAGAUUUUGUAGAAGAGAAGCUCGGCAGUAAAUACGUGGCUGGGAGACCCCUGGAUUUUGCAGCUUCCUUCGAGGAAUCGGGACCUGCAACCCCAAUGUUUUUUAUCCUGUCCCCAGGUGUUGACCCACUGAAGGAUGUGGAGAAACAAGGGAGAAAACUCGGUUACACAUUCAACAACAGGAAUUUCCACAAUGUGUCCCUGGGACAAGGCCAGGAGGUGGUUGCUGAGCAAGCUCUGGAUGUGGCUGCAGCAGAGGGGCACUGGGUGAUCCUGCAGAACAUCCAUCUGGUGGCCAAGUGGCUGAGCUCUCUGGAGAAGAAGCUGGAGCAGCACAGUGAGGGCAGCCAUCGGGAUUUCCGUGUCUUCAUCAGCGCAGAGCCAGCUCCGUGCGCAGAGAGCCACAUCAUUCCGCAGGGCAUCCUGGAGAACUCCAUCAAAAUCACCAACGAGCCGCCCACGGGGAUGCAUGCCAACUUGCACAAAGCCCUCGACAACUUCAGCCAGGAUACCCUGGAGAUGUGCACUCGGGAGAACGAGUUCAAGAGCAUUCUGUUUGCCCUCUGCUAUUUCCAUGCUGUGGUGGCAGAAAGGCGUAAGUUUGGUCCCCAAGGCUGGAACCGAUCCUACCCCUUCAGCACUGGAGACCUCACUAUCUCUGUUAACGUGCUCUAUAACUACCUGGAGGCCAGCUCGAAGGUCCCAUACGAUGAUUUACGCUACCUCUUUGGUGAGAUUAUGUACGGAGGUCACAUUACGGAUGACUGGGACCGACGGCUUUGCAAGACCUAUUUGGAAGAAUUUAUUAAGCCGGAAAUGCUGGAGGGAGAAUUCUUCCUUGCUCCAGGAUUCCCCCUCCCGGGGAACAUGGACUAUAAUGGCUAUCAUCAGUACAUAGAUGACACCUUGCCGCCAGAGUCUCCUUAUCUCUAUGGCCUCCACCCCAACGCUGAGAUUGGAUUCCUUACCCAGAGCUCAGAGAAGCUCUUCCGCGUCGUGCUGGAGAUGCAGCCCCGUGACAGCAGCAUGGGCGAAGGAGGCGUGGGGACCAGGGAAGAAACGGUGAAAGCUCUUCUGGAUGAGAUGCUGGAGAAGCUGACGGAUGAGUUUAACAUUGCAGAGCUGAUGGCAAAGGUGGAGGAGAGGACACCGUACAUCGUGGUUGCUUUCCAGGAAUGUGAACGCAUGAACAUCCUCACCAGUGAAAUAAAGAGCUCUCUCAAGGAACUGGACCUGGGGCUGAAGGGAGAACUGACCAUGACAAGUGACAUGGAGAACUUGCUGAACGCUCUGUUCUUGGACAUGGUGCCUGAGUCCUGGGUGAAGAAGGCUUAUCCUUCCACAGCCAGCCUGGGAAUGUGGUUUGCUGACCUCCUCACUCGCAUCAAGGAGCUGGAGAUGUGGACAGGAGAUUUUUCAUUGCCUUCUGCAGUGUGGCUUGCUGGGUUCUUCAAUCCUCAGUCGUUCCUGACAGCCAUCAUGCAGUCUACAGCCAGGAAGAAUAAGUGGCCUUUGGACAAGAUGACCUUGCAGUGUGAUGUGACAAAGAAGAACAGGGAAGAUUUUGCCAGUCCUCCUCGGGAAGGGGCUUAUGUCCAUGGUUUGUUCAUGGAGGGUGCACGCUGGGAUGCACAGACCGGGAUAAUCACGGAUGCCAGGCUCAAGGAACUGACCCCGGCCAUGCCUGUCAUUUUCAUCAAAGCCAUUCCUGCUGACAAGCAAGAUACCCGCAGUGUGUACCCAUGUCCCGUAUACAAAACACGCCAAAGAGGACCAACUUAUGUAUGGACUUUUAACCUUAAAACUCGAGAAAACCCCUGCAAGUGGGUGCUUGCUGGUGUGGCACUGCUGCUCCAGAUCUAGGCUCACCAGCAGGGAGCCUCAGUUAACAUCCCUAACCAUGUCUUUCUCAGACAAUUUUGGAAACAAUGUUCUGAGCCCAUUCCCCAGCUCCACCUACCAGGGCCCUUGGCCUGCAUGGUGCCUGUAUGGGAGCUGAGAGAGGGCAGUGUUUAUCUGGCCCAGAUUCUUGGCUGCUGUAGAUCAGAGUCCUGCAGUUCCUGCACUCAAAGAUCCAAAUCCACCCCCAGAUCUGCUGUACUCAGAGAGUGUUAAGCUCAAAGCUGAAAUCAAAGUUUAUUUCUCUGUUGUGAUUCAAAGGUAGUUUUAAAGACCGUGGGCUUCUCCAGUAUCCGUAGGUAGUUCAGUGAUGUGUGAAAUUCUUUGGACUUUAUUCUUUUCUGCAUGUGAACAUUUCUUUGCUUUAUGUAUAACACUGAACCCAGCAGCUGUGGUGGAUGCUAUGUUUCUUGCUAAUAUUCCUGUAAAUUUUGUAACUGUUGGAAAUAACAUUAACAUCUAAUGUGAUUAAUGUCUUGAACUGUAGAAAUACAGCCUGGAGUUUAUUUAAGAAUUCUCUGUA